UUCACAGAGUGAGACAUUUAAAAAGACUGAAAGACGAAAGAGAUUAUUAGCAUUCAAUCUCUGUCUGGAAGAUCCUUCUUUACUACAAGAAAUCACAGAGACAUCAAUGGAGUCAUUAUUCUCAUACAUAUACCAUGGGAAGUGUGAUUUUCUGCUGGAUCUGUACUCGCAUGUUAAGGACUAUGAGAGUAAAACAGGCAGCAAUGUCCUACCAGCAUUACAGUCAAUUUAUCAGUCAUCUCCUGCAGUCUGGACCAUAAACAUCUCAGAGAGAAAGACCUCCAUCCUCCUAGAAGUGCUGAAACUCCAAACAGAGAAGAAACCAGUAGAGCUGAUAGACUGGACAGAUGAUGAGAGUGAAGUGACAGGAUUUAUCCAGUGUCUGCCAUACAUCUCUGAAUUGAGUUUUAACUGCACUGUUUUAAUUCAAAAGAGCGACAAGUCAGCUGUUCAGUUUCUGGUGAAUUUGUUCACUGCAGCAUCAGAGUUUGACACAAACACAGGAGAAAACUACAUGGAGAUAUUGACAUCUGUGUGCAGCUACAGAUAUUUUCCUCUAAACUCUUAUGAUAAUGAGCUUCAGAUGAAACAAUCUGAAUUCCUGCUUACUUUGUGGCUACAUGUGAAAAACUAUAUGACUGAAAAAGACAGAUGUAUCCAUUCAGCAUUUCAGUCAAUUUACCGGCUAACUCCUGCAGUCUGGACCAUAAACCUCUCAGAAGGAAAGACCUCCAUCCUCCUAGAAGUGCUGAAACUCCAAAGAGUAAUAAAACCAGUAGAGCUGAUAGACUGGACAGAUGAUGAGAGUGAAGUGAGAGGAUUCAUUCAGUGUCUGCCAUACAUCUCACAACUGAGGUAAG